AUGUCGUGGAUUCGCUUGGAGGCGGCGAGUGGCCUACGCAUCAUGGCUCCAUCCUUCAGCCCGCCGCCACGUAUGGAAGGCAUAGACAAGUUGUUCAGCCGCCCCAUUCACGCGCGCGCAUUUCACUGUUUUCGCAGUUGCAACGUGUCAGACGAAAGUGACAGCAACACCAAUAACGACGGCGUCAGAGUUGCGGUGGAAGUUCUCGUGCUGGUGCAGCGGCAGCAGGUGGGCGGCAAACUGGGGGAGGUGUGCAUCGCCGUCGGCAGCGCGGCGGCCACACGAAGUGACUUGGCCGUCCUACUGGAGUGCGCCCUCGAGGCGGUGCUGCGCAGCAACAACGACGGUACACGCCUGAUCCUUGAUGCGCUUUGUGCACCCCCCUCAGUGCUGUCCACGCCCUUUUCCACCACCGCAGCCGGGGCGGAGGUGGCCGAGUACGACGGACUUCCAACGGCAAAGUCGUCACCCGCGCACGAACGACGCGUGGGCGGGUGGCGCGCCGGUGAUGUGGUGCCGUCCAACAGCAAGCGGCGACGUGACACGCGCCGCGUCGCUGUCAUGAUGCGACGCAGGGCGCUCCUAUACUUUGUCGGCCAGGACGUCGUUCCCGUCAGCCUGCUAUUCUGCCGCGUGUCAAGCACGGGUCCUGACGGCUGCACGUCAAGUACUGCCGCUGCGCAGCAGAACCGCAAAGACCUCCAGCCCCUUGCGAAAUCUGCGGCGUGUGCGUGCAGGUGCCUUUUGGGCGUCCUUGAUCGUACCCUUGUGGCUGCCUUCGACGUUAAGGACAAUACCAAUCAGCUUCUCUGGAGCGGCGGUGAGGCGGACAAGCCUCCGCUUGUGGCUGCUUUUUCCACGAGCGGGCUCCUUUUUGGCUCACCGUCGUUUUUUCACCUCACAGAUCACCGCGACCGUCUCUUCUUGGCGGCGGUGGCGAUGGAUCGGCUGAGCCGGUGGUCCAUAGAGCGAGACACAUCUACACCAGCAUUACUUGUGCACGUGUGUGAAUUGCUUCUAAGAUGUCGGAAGGAGGGACUGAUGAUGAAGUUCGUUUUUGUUUCGGUGGGAAGCGCGGUGUCCUGCGUCUUGGGCUUCCUGGCGGUGAACGAGGGUACCCUGUGGAGUGCUGAGACGUGGUUGCAGUUUGUGAAGACUCACCUCGCCACGCAGAGAACUUCCGUGAUGCUCAGUAAUAUUAUAGAAGCCGAAUAUGAUGGCAUUGAUGACGAUGAUGGUGGCGCUGUGGGGGACGCUGUUGAUAUUGAACCCAGUGGUAAAGAAAAUGUGGGCGAGUUCACCCCACACCUACUGCUCUGCGUCGCGUCGCUUCAUCCUACGCCGUGGUUUCACCGGAUCCUUCACGAGAUGCACCGGGUUGAGGAAUCAACUCCGAAAGCCGCCCUCAUGGGCGCAAACGGUACGAGAAGCAAGAGCACACCUCAUUCCGCAGGUGUGUCAUGCAAUUGUCUGCCACUCUUUGUGCGGCGUACCAAAAAAGGAUCGGCACCGCGUCGUUUUAUUUGGCACACUGAUGCAGCCGAUCUCCCGCUGGACAUGGCGUGGUGCGUCGCCGCCAGUCAUAUUGUCAGGGCGGAGGCGGAGGUCUGCAGCAAGGGGUACGCAGCAGGGCACCACUCUCUCUUUUCAAUGCUCUGUGACACUGCUGAGGACCACGGAUCGACGCAGCGGUACGGUGUCGGCUGGUUUCAGCAUUGCUGGCGCACUGCGUCGUGUGCUAGAAACGCUGGUGACGACCACAACGGCAGCGGUGUGGAAUGCUAUAGUGGCUGUUCCCACUCUAGCACGGCCCAAGUGAACCCAACAAAGUUGCUAUGUGGGCUCUCCUCCAUUGGUGGUGGUCCACGUGCGUCGGUACAUUACGAGGUGAGGGAGCGAGGCGGCUGCUUUCCGAGUCGCAGACCCAAGGUUUCGGCUCACACCGACGACGACGCACCCGUGUUUACGUCGCAGGCAACUGUCUUCCCCUAUUCACUUCUGUUUGAAGAAGAUAACGGCAACGGCCCCGUACUGGCGGAAGAAGUGGAUGAGGGGCGGUGGAUGACGGCUUUCUACGCCGUCGGCCGUCACUGCAUGAAGGGCGCCUCACGUGAGACGUUACUGCAGGAAAUGCUUCUAGUGGAGGGGGACCAGGCUGAGCGUGAGGAGAAUGUUGCCGAGCUGCUAGGGCAGCAGCAUCGCUCAGCAUCCAAUGACGAAUCAUUCGCUGCCUGUCGUCAGGCGGCGUGCUGCGUCCUGGAAGAGGUGUGGCGCUACACUACUUCAUAG